ACACAUAACACUUUUAUAAUACAUCAAGACAAAUGUCAAGAUAAGAAGACACUUGAAUUGAAAGGUUUUAAAAGAGCACACGAUUCCUACCCCCCCUUGUCAACGCCACCACAAAUGCCGUCGCCGUCCAAACAGCGGAAGGUUGCCAUUGUCGGCAGCCGAUCCGUAGGCAAAUCUUCCCUUGCCGUCCAGUUCGUUGAUGGCCAUUUCGUUGAGAGUUAUUAUCCUACGAUAGAAAAUACUUUUAGCAAGGUCAUCCGCUUCAAAGGUCAAGACUAUGCUACUGAGAUUGUCGACACAGCCGGCCAGGAUGAGUAUAGCAUCUUAAACUCAAAGCACUUUAUUGGCAUUCAUGGCUAUAUGCUAGUGUAUUCGGUAUCCUCGCUGCCGUCGUUUGAGAUGGUGCAAGUUAUCCGAGAGAAGAUUCUUAACCAUCUUGGCACGGACUGGGUCCCUAUCGUGAUUGUGGGCAACAAGAGUGACUUGCGCCCCGAGCAGAGGCAGGUCAGCCAAGAGGAUGGCAAGAAGCUGUCGGAGAAGUUCAACUGUGGCUGGACAGAGGCGAGCGCGCGGUACAACGAGAAUGUAGGCAAGGCCUUUGAACUUCUAAUUGCCCAGGUAGAGAAGUCGCAGAACCCGAACGAAGCGACGGAUGGUGGCAAGUGUCUUGUUAUGUGAAGCUGUAAAGGACGGUUCGAUCGGCCUGUGGCGUCUUCACACUAUCAACACUAUGAUCACGUUGGAAAAGUAGACAAACUACAGCAUGGUACGUUUGGAAGACUAGAAUAAGGAUCAUCGGGGUAUCACUACUGCUGGAUAGUAGAGUGAAGGGGAAUUCAAGGGACUACUGCUUUUAUUCAGGUGGCUCUUUUCUUGUCGAGGUCGAUUUGACCACAUGAAUUACGCUCUUAUCGGGUAGAAGAGGGGAUGAUUGAUGCGGAAUGUAUAUACUAGCUAAGAUUUAAAUCUGGUUAUGGAGUCAAUUGGAUCUGUUUGCAAGCUAUCAAGUCAAC